CGUUCAACAUUGCUUUACGUUUUUUACCAUUCGACUAAAAAGCCACGUGCACGUCGCCGAUCAAAAGAGUUGCGAAAAGGGGGGAAGGAAACGGUUUUACCGGAAGUUCGAAAAUCAAAAUCGACACCGGCGAAUACUUUUCUAAAUAAAUACCGAAAUCUUUGAUUUAUUUAACCCCGCAUCGCCGCGACUGGCACAAGUGAACGAUCCUCGUUUCAAUGGGGUCGUAAAGUACAAAAGUAAUUAACCGUUAAAACCUCCUUAUAGGACGUCCAUUUUGUUGGGUUAUCGUCCGUUAAAUAAUUAACAAUAAACAAGGUUUGAAGAGUGUUAUUAAAAUAAUGAAUAACGUGUGAACCGUGCUCGUAUCAACGCAAAUCGAUUUAUCUUCCCUUCUCCUUUCAUUAUUUCAACCUCGUCACUGAUAAAAAUAGAAUUCAUAGCCGGUACGAGAUACGAGCGAGUGUACGACCGUGGCGAGUCGCGGAGGGUCGCGUGUCUCACACGUUUCUCCAUUUCCGGUAUACACCGGCUCGUAUAUAUUUUAUAAGCGACAUAUAGUCAGAUAUUUUUGCCACAUACGUGACGCGUACGCAGCGUCGAAGUGUUCGAUAGUAAUAAGAGGGCCGAGGGCGAUUGGCGGAAGUCACGAAUCCCGGAGACUCGUGUGCCAAAAACUCUUCUCACGGAUUAAAACAUUGUUUUAUCCACUUUGAAUGCCCGAAGGAUUGGAACUGACGCGGUAGAGUAAGUCGGAAAUUCUUCGAACUUGCAAAGUUUUAAGACUCAAGACAACGGAACGAGGGCCGAAGCUGCGCUUCUCAAUCGCCAAAAACGAGGAUAAACGAGGACGAAACUUUUCGCCGAGGAGUAAACGAAAUAAAGUUAAUUUAAGGCGCGCAAACCGUAUUUUGUACGAAGGGCUUAAAAUAACUUUUAAUCGUGAUUCGCGGUACGAGAAUAAACGAAAACUCGUUUCAAAGAGACCGAAUCGACGGGAUCGCAAUAAACUUUCAUCGAGGCUUUCGGUGCACACUGAGGAUCUUCGAAAACCCAUGCUGUGAAACUCGUCGAAUCUGUAACGUGUAAAAAGAUAAAUAAAAAAUAAAAUAAAAGACAAAAUUCAAAGAAAAAGUACGUCGAAGAAUAGAAAGAGAGCAGGGUGGCCGCACGGGUGCACCGUAGUUGGGGAGCAGCCGGAGGGGUCUCUCCCUCUGCGGGAUCAGGACGGGGAUGUCCCGGCGACGAGGGAACAAACCCCCUGACCGUCCGCGCAUCAAAAACUACUCAUCGUCUCAUGGGCGCCAACCUCACUAAACAGAGCCGGAGGGAGGCGACACAACGAGAUGUGGAACGAGAGAGGCGAUUGCGAAUGGAGGCUGAGGGACGGGUGCGAGAGGCCACAGCCGAGGCAGAAAGAGCACGUGCGCGGGUUCAUCAUUUACAACGAGAAUUGGCCAGAAUGGAAGAAUCGUCACGAGGGUUGCUGCAGCACAAGCAAAGGGCGGAUCAGCUGAAGCAGGAACGAGCAGCUCUUACACUUUCUUACGAGUCUCGAGUGCACCAAUGCCAAGCACAAAUCUCAAAGCUUCAAUUGGAGAACGAGUCAAUGAGAGGUCAACUGCGAGGUUUAGAGGCUGCGUGUGCCGGCGAAGUUCACGCGGCCCUUGUCGCCCGUUUGGCAACACUGGAAACGGAGCACGUUGCACUAGCGAGAGACGCUGACGCGCAAAGGCGACAGUACGAGCGUUGCCUGGACGACGUCGCGAACCAGGUGGUCCGAGCCCUUCUCUCCCAAAAGGGAUUGCGCGAAGAAAUCGGCGGUCUUCAGAGACGAAUCAGAGAACUUGAGGCACAGAAUCGCACGCUAUCCGGCUUACUGGCGCAAGCUGCCAACCCUGGCAGUCCGACUGAAUUGAUACAGGGCAUCAUCGAGGCUGGUCCUGGUGCUCUCGUAGCUGCGCUUGGACUCGAUCCUUCUUGGUUGCCACUCACGAGGCCUCGUUCCCUUAACCUCAAGAUUCCCGUUAUGGCCACCAAAUGCCGGAGGAAUCGACCGCUCGGUCAAAAACCUUCGGAAGAGGAGGGAAGCGAGAGUCCCGAAAGUGGUAAUCGAGACGAAGGUUAUUCGACGAUGUCUUCGGACGUCCAGGGUGAGGGCGCGAGACAAGAGCCUUCCUCGAGAGGGCUCGAAGACCUGAAGGAAGCAACGGACGAGACGGAAGCUGAUGUUUCCCCCGAUGCUCGUCUCGUCGCCCUCGACACUGUUGACCCCGACGUCCUAUUUUUACCGCUCAACCUCACCGUUGGUAUUAACCCGAGGCACAGUUAUCCACCAACCAAAGACUUACUUCCGUAUCAACAUGUGAUGCGAAGCUUUUCGGACAGUCAUCUUUAUCUUAAGCUGACCACGGCAGCAGCAAACAUUGCCACUUCACCGUACAACAUCCCGAGCCCUGGAGCUGGAUCUUCGGUCUUACUCGUCGAGGAAGAAGGCUGGGACGCCGAAUAUGUUCAGCAGUGGCUGAGGCUGGAUGACAGUCGGAGUGCCCAACAACACCGAGACCUCCUGGAGCUCGAGUACGACAGAGCCGAGCUCGAGGAUUGGAGUUUCUCACUGUCGAGCGAGGACGUUCGAAGCGAGGCUGGCUCGGUGAUCACCGGGUGGAAGGAUCCAACGGGACUGACGACUCAUUCCGGGGCAGCUACGACACCCGCGUUGCCGGCGAUCAAGGAGCACAAUCCGAUCGAAUUGGAGGAAGAUGCGAACGAGUGUCUUUGGAACGGUGCCAGUUAUCUCGCUGAUCGAGCCGGCGGUGAACUCGUCGCGUUGUUAAUGGACGCACGGGCAACCGGACCGUGGCCUUAUGCUUCAAGUCCCGGUGCCUCGUGGAGCAGCGAGGAAGGUGUCAUUGAGAAUUCCAGCAAAAGAUCGUCCGCCGCCCUCUCCGGGUGCAGCGACGAUCCUGACUCGCCUUCAGUCGGCACCGACUUCACACGGGACUUUUAUCGCCUCGUCAAAUUCGAAAGCACCAAGAGCCUUGCCAGCACGUCUUCCAGGGGUGGCAAACCGCCUCCAGAUCGGGAACAAGCCCUCCAGAGUGUAUUGUCAUUUAUUGCUGAACAACAGUUGUAUCUCGCCGAGUUGCCGCAGAGCUCCGGUGAACAGAGCACGAUCGAAGUUCCAGAAAAUGCCGGCGAGGUCAACAACGAAUUAGUAGCUGCGAUGACAACGACAAGCGAAUCGAACACAACCGACGAAUCACGAUCGACGAUCGAUCGGAAAAGCGACGUUUCGAGCUCGUGCAACGAUCACCUCGACCGAUUACCGACUCUUUCCUCGUCGAUUGUCCUCGAAGACAGACUCGUUAAUCCCAUCAAUUGCAACCCGAGCCCAAUUGGAAUGAGUUAUGGGAACGUCGCUGGUGGUGCUUCGGAGCUCGUUGCCGUACCGGAAGAGGACGAAGAAGCUGCGACUUCCUCGACACCGAGUACGGUGGUGAGCCCCGCAAGAGCGCCCCUUCUGAUCGAGGGCAGAGACCGCUCAUUGAGCUUUCACGAACACGCCACGUCCAAGGACGUCAUAAACGAACUGAACAGGAUGAUCAGAAAAGGCGAGGAUAACCCAGGCUGCCCGGACUCUCAAACAGUAUUCGACAAGCUAGAUCUCGCUUGCUGCUGCCCAACUGGUUGGGUUCACGUCGAACGUGACAUAGACUUUACCGACCCAAAGGCUAGAGCGAAUUUACUGGACGUGAUGCUUGCGAGUAGCGAGAGCUCAUCAGCGACAUCUAGCAGUGGUUCAGCAGGCAGUGAUUCCGGGGACGAGCCUCCAGAUUAUCGGCAUCUGCACAGGCUCCAUCGUUACAGGCGCCAGAAGAAAGCUACGGCUGCCCAGGCCCACCGAGUCCUGCGGAUACCGUCGGCAUGGGGAGCAUCAUCGAGGCCCUCGAUCAUCGGCCGUGGCGAUGAUUUUUUCGUCCGUUACGGUGACAAAGAGAGAGAAGCCGUUGCCUCCUUCGACUUCCUUGACGAUAUCGCCACUUACGAAUCGACCGUCGGUACUAAAGAUUCCAUCGUUUCAACGUCCUCCGGUGGCUCCACCGAUGAACUACACGUACAAACUCCAUCCACCGAAUUCAUGAGAGUCUCGCCGCUCUGAACUCUUUGUUAUGAUAACAAAUAGUUGAAAUAAUCAAAAAAUUUUCAUUCAAACGAACAAAAGAAAUAAAACAAAAAGAAACACAAAACAAAUAUAAAAUGUGAAUCAUUCUGGACACACUGUGAAUAGUUUUUAGCGUGAAGAGUAAUUCUCGCCUGUUUGUUCUUCCGAAAGAAAGAAAAAAAAAAAACAAUAACGAAUCAAUUGAGCUUAGAACACAAAAAAAUCUUAGAUCUGACGAGUAGAGCUGGGAGGUCGGAAUUUUUUUUGUAAUUUACUCAACGACGAUGACUGAUUAAUUAUUUCAUGAAUAUUAUAUUUACACGGGCAACACGCAUUCGCGAGAGUGUCAAGUUGUUAUUUUUUUCAAGUGAGAUAUUGGUGAAUUUUUUCGAUUUUUCACAUAGGUACGAGGUAAAUGAGAAUAAACGACUCGUCAAAUAAAUUGAAAGAGAUCCAACACUAUUUCGAUGAUUUUUAAUGACGUAUCAUCAUCACACAUUGGCAAAAAAUUUCUUGGCAAAAAUAAGUUUAAAAUACGUUAUUACAGUCUGAAGGUAGCGAUAUAGAGCGCGAAAGGCGUAUGUACUUGAGUGUGACUGUUUAUAAAUUGCGCUAAUCCCACUAUUGUAAAAGCUUCGUUGCAGGCAAAACGAUCGAGAACAUCAAAUCUUACAGUGAAUUUUAUCAACGCUGAUUCAUGGCAUUGACCUGAUGGAAGUUUUGUUCAUUUCUAACAAGACACAAAUGCAUAGGAGAGAAUUCCAGCAUAAAAGUAUAAGCUCGAAAUGCUUAUUAUUUUUCUGAAAUUUUAUUGAAUUUUUUUUCAAACUUCUGAACACUUUUACGAAGCUUUUCUUGUACAAGUGCGAUUUGGUGAAACGUCGAAAAGAUGCAAUUAAUUAUAUUUAACGUUAAGUCGUAACUUGAUUAUCCACCGAAUCAAAAAUAACGGAACGAAAAUGAGAGAAGCUAAAGGAAAAAACAAACAAAUUGUAAAUAGUAUUGUAUCAUAGUAGAAACACGACAGAUGUAAGUUAUAUAUCUUCUCUUCGAACUUAAUAAAUAACGACAAUAUAUACCGAAAA